UUGAGAGUACAAGAGAGAGACUAUUUAAUCUUUAAUGUGUGUGUUUUCCCCCUUGGUUUGUCAGAGACAGAGCUGGGCACUGUGGACCUGCAAACAGUUCCUUCUCCUAGCUCAGUACUCGGCAGUCCUGCAGCACUACCAUGCUCCACUUCGUCCAGUGAUCUCCCACUCUCAAAUCAAGAAUCCAGCAGCUCAAGGAACUGUAGGAAAGCCCUUUGCAGAAAAGAAUGGACAGAGACUUUCCAAGUGCCGUGGGACCUCAUGCCAAUGGAAAUUCAAGCAGCAGUCGCUGAGGGCAAGAGACCGUCCCCUGCAGCACGGAAAGAGAUGGUGAGGAUUUUGGUAGAUGAGGUGAGGAGAUACGAUCUAAGCCCAUCACGGCCUCAAUGUGCACUCAUCUGCAAAGAAAUUGUCCGUAGGUAUCCUCAGAGCUUUGCUGAUCUGUAUGACAGUGGUCAGGUGCGGGGAGAGUGCUACACCUCGCUCUUAAAUCAAGUUAAAGGCAGAAUUACCAAGCUGAACAGCACCAAGAGAUUUUACGACUACUGUAAGUCUGGAAUGAAAAGAGGAUCAGCCUAUACUUACGGACGCACCAGAUUCAAGCCCAGCCUUCCACCAGAGGAGACCAAUGAAACAGUGGAGCAAAAACGUCAGCGACUUGAAGAGAUUUACUGUCAGGAUGAUGCAAACGUGGCAGAAAAAGACGAAGCAACGGAACUCAUGAAAGUAAACUUCUCCAUGCAGCGCCACCAAAUAAACACACUCCCAGCACCCGCCAUCAGGGAUUUAAGAGGCCGAUGGCCUUACCUUUUCACACAGAAUGGGCUUUACACUCAUUUUGAGCUGCUCACUGAUAUCAAAGUGCUUCGUAACCUUGAGGUUGCCAUGGAGGAGUGUGGACAAACCAUCCUGGAGCUCUUCAGCGAGUCCACAAAUCCAGAUGUCCAAGCCAUUCUCUCACUGGGUCCAAACCACGAGCUGUCCUUCUGCAUCAUCCAGCUUCUGAUGGCUCACUUCACUGAGGCCCUCGACGGCUUGAUCCUUUUUGCAAAUGCAUCUGCCACGGCAGCUGAUGUAGAGGAGACACUCCAACUACCCGCAACUCCUCGACUGAUACUCCUCGCGGAAUCACCAGGAAGUUCCAUUCACCGCUGGAUGAUCAGUCUGGAGGGGAGCGUCAUCUGCGAGGGCAUCCAGCCGACUUUUCUGUCCGGCCUUGCUGCCGUCUUUUCUACUUACUACAUCUUCAAUCUUCAGUAUCAAGCCAAUGCUGCGUGCACGCUGGAAUUCAUUCAAAGGCGAUUCAUCGGGAUAAAUCCUAACAAAGGCACCGAAGAUCCACGAGACAACUUCCUGUCAGAGCAGACUGGGAUGUGUGACGUGACAAAGACAAGACCAAUAAAUCCUCAAGUUUUAACUCUGUUGAAUAAACUCAAGGACGUGAACUAAGAACUGUUUACACCCAUACAGAGAUGUUUCCAUCACUUCAAAGCACAUCAGACUGAUUUUUGCUCAUUUCCUGGAGACUGACCCUAACCUUUGGGGUCUGAUGAGCAUCUUGGAGCAACAGCUGACAUUAUGAAUCUUCCAGCAUAGCAGCUGUAUGUCCAUGCCAGAACUUUGCAUCCCAUGCAUAAGUUGUUGUUUACAGUUCAACUGUGAAUCCAGCUCAGUUUGAAAAAGUUGUCAUUGAAUGAUUUUGAGAGUACACUUUGACCAAUCAUUCCUCUUUUGUUUGUCAUGUGGACUUUUAAGCUGCGUGCUGCCAAAGUUACUACCGAUUCUUCCGUCUGUUUAUGCGGAGGCUUUCUGGCAUUUCUUUGACACCAUCAUACAAGUUUGUUGAUUUAUUAUUAAAUGUUCGUCCAUUACCCAAAAUGUCUUGAAGCUGGGUACCAUCACACUCUGGUCUGUGAAGUAUGGGUGUUGCAACAUCUCACUGUGACGCUGCAAUGAUCCAUGAAGCGUUCACAGUGCCUCCUCUGAGUCUUCAUCAGCUCCCCGAGCUCAUCCACAUUAUUGUCCAAACGCCUGACGUUCCGCAUGAUGAUUGCUGGAAUAGCCCCAGCUGUGAAAUCCCAUCAUUUUCUCCACAGCUCCUCCGGGAUCACAGAACCCGCUCUGGGCAGUAGGGAACAUCAGACUGACUAUUUCCUGGAGACUGACUCUAACUUUCGGGGGCUGGAUGUCCAAGCCAGAACUUUGCGUCUGAUGCUUCGGUCAUUGAUUAUAGUUUGAACAUGAAUUUUAAAAAUGCUAUCAAAUGGCUUUAAGAGCACACUUUGAUCAGUGCGUUUCUCUUUUGUUUGUCAUGUGGACUUUUAAACCGCUGCCAAAAACCCAGGAAAAGCUUCUGGCACAAGAGAUUCUGCAGACUGUUUACAGAUCACCAUUUGCCUUACUUAAGAUUUAGAAGAAAUAUGAAGGUGUUCAAAAACAAGGAAAGUCUUGUAACUUGAUUCUGUUUUUAUUUGCUCAGAUCCACUCGUGUUCAUCGAUGCAAGUAGGAGUUUUACGACAGAAACGCUGAAGUAUCGUAGUUUUUUUUUUUUUUUCUUCCCUCCUGUGCAUCCUUUUAAUGCUCUUUGCUGAAAUUACAUGUACAUUUCUUUUUUGGGCAUUAUUUGACAAAAGUUACUGCAUCAGCUUCACUCUGGUUUCUCAGCUGCUGAUUUUGGUGAUGUUUCCUAUGUUUGAGCUCAUUGUUCGUACUGUUCGCUUACAGGGCAGUCUGCAGAGUGCAGGCACUGAUGUUGCAUUAUUUUCCCCACAAGGCAACUGGACUAGAAUACCAUUAAUCUUAUAUUGCCUGUUGGUUAGAACAUGAAAGAAGCUGUGGUGAAAUGUAACUACAUACGAGUAUUCUUAACGAGGUGUAAUUUUAAUGUACUUUAAAAGUAUUUCUGUGUUAUACUACUUUCUGCUUCUCCUCCACUGUACUUUGGAUUAAAAA